AUCUGAAACUAAAUACUUAAAGAAAUAAUUGAGAAAAAUUGUACAACAUGUCGCUGGUGAACACCUUGACCGACAUUGCCCUCGAGCAUCCUGUGAUGCAAGCGGUCAUCUCCUACGUUUCGGAACUACUGCACUCCAUUGGAAAGGCCACAGAGCAGGGAGAGGUGGGCUCGGUCGUCUCGAAGUACGUCUUGUCGGAUGUCACGCUCAACAGCCUGUUCGGCAGCAGCUAUCACUUUAUCCGUUUGGCUGGCCUGAGCGGCACAUCGGCCAUUUUGCUGGGUGCCUACUGCGGCAGCGUGCUGGAGGGUAUCAAGGAUCCCCUGGAGCAUAUACGCCUGGUGGGAUAUGCUGAAGGGGCCAGUCGCAUCCACUUUCUGCAUGCGUUCGCUAUGAUGGCCAUGCCCCUGGCCCACAAUCCCGUACUCACGGGCACUCUGAUGACCACUGGGACGCUGAUCUACAGCGGCUCCUUGUACUAUUGCGCCCUGACACGCAAGCGACGCACGCGUAUUUACCCCACCAUCGGAGGGUUCGUCCUGAUAGCAGCUUGGAUGUCGCUGCUCAUGUAGGAUGAUGGACUAACGAUGCAGCGCGAAGGGGAUAGCAGAAGACUAUAAGGACACACAAUAAAUACACGCCAAUACAUACGCCAUAGCACCCCCAACACUUACAUUACAUAUUUUAAAUCUUUAGAAUCCAUUUUUUUGUCGCUGCAGUUCCUCAAAGAAACUGGCACAAGGUGGCAGCACAGGUCGGCUUGCUCACUGACACAGGCUGGCGGCUAUUCUAUACUUCAAGUUGAAUUUGAAUUUAAA